AUGUGCACGCUGUAGCCCGGAAGUGCGUUCACAAUUUUGUUCCGGUGCAUUACAGCGUCUGACGGAAUGGAGCACAAACACAAAUCCAUUAUGUUCGAAAACGGCCCAGUAGCACAAACGAAACAGAUAUGUACAUUUGCAGAAAGAGAGCAUCAGAAGUAAAAAUGGAUAAUCAAAACACGGAGGAAAGGUUCAGUCUGGACUGUAUGGAACAAAGUGGAGUCAGUAUUUCAGGGUUCUCAGAUGAGAUCUUACUGAAUAUCCUGACGCAUGUUCCCAGUCAUGACCUGGUACUCAGUGUGGGGCGAGUCUGCAGAAAACUGAAGACUUUAAGCCUGGAUAAGAGCCUCACCAACCAUGUCAGACUCUCUAAAGAAUAUCUAGCAAGUGAUGAUGCAGUUAAGCAAGUGACGAAAGAGCUGGCGAGUGAAAUUCAGACCCUCAGCAUGAGUGGCUGCUACUGGCUUUCCGGCAGUACCAUUGACCAGCUGAUCAGGUGCAAGGGCCUGGUCAAGCUGGACCUCACAGGCUGUCGACUGACGUCAGUGCGCCUGUCCAAGAUACUGUCCUCCCUCCGAGCCCUGCGCUCCCUGGCCAUCGACAUUAACACUGGUUUUGACUCCAACCAGCUAAGUACUGAGAGCAAGGCUACCCUGAGCCAGGUCAGUGAGCUCAAGCAAACCCUUUAUACCCCAUCAUAUGGGGUGGUACCCUGUUGCACCAACCUGGAGAGGCUGCUGUUGUAUUUUGAAAUCUACGAUGUUACCAGGGAAGGGGCCAGCGUUUGCUGUCAGCUGAUGGUGGGACAGAGCAGUAUCCUGCAUUAUCAGAGCCUACAGGUGUUUUACGCCAGGCUGGCCCCUGGCGACGUCAAUCAGACACUCAUGAACCUGUACCUGGCCGUCUUUAGUGUACGGGUUCCAGAGCACCUGCGUGUUUUCGUCAUAUCGGUCCCCGGGAAUAGCAGCUGGCCGGCAGCGAAAAACUUCCUGGAGGCUAUGGCAACGACCGGGGUUCUGGAGGCCCUGCAGCUGCCCAAGACAUGGGUGGACAAGUCGGCCCUCCAGCACGUUCUCAGACACAGCGUGCCGUCCCACCUCAACUUCAGCCGCUGCCCGAGCUUUGGUAACCAGGUGGUCCACAGCGUGCUGGACCGUGUGAAGGACCCCCGGCACUUGGUCAACCUGAAUCUGAGGGGCAGCUUUCAGGAGGACAUAGACUGCCACAUGGUGGAGGCGUUAGUGAGGGCCUGUCCUAACCUCAAACGCUUGAACCUCUCCGCAGCACACUACCACGGCACCCCGGGCUCCGACGAGCACCUCUGCACCGUCCUGGCCCAGCUGAAGAGGCUGCGGUCGCUGGCGCUGCCCGUGUGCGCCGCUUCGGACGGGAUAAAAAACGCAGAGCGCUCGGCGGGGGACGUUCCGGCACUUUCCAGCCCGCUCAUGCUGGGCCUGAAGAAGAGCGCCCGUGUGGGCCUGCAGACCUACAAGGCGGAGUCCGAGCCGAGGGACAGCGAGUGCAGCCGCAGCUUGAGGGCGCUGCUCCAGGGAAACCCCUUCCUGGAGGAGCUGGAGCUGACGGGGUCCAACUUCUCCUCCGCCAUGCCCCGCAACGAGCCGGCCAACCGCAAGGAGCAGGCGGCCUGCAGUUGGGCCGGCCAGAUCGGGGACUCGGAGGUGGCGGAGCUCGGGGGCCUGGCCUUCCUGCGCAGGCUGACCUUGGCGCAGCUGCCUGGGGUCCUCAAGGGAACGGGACUGCUGCAGGUGGCCAUGAAGUGCAGAGACCUGCAGGUGCUCUCUCUAGCUAACCUGGGGACACUGAAGAAUAUGACCUACAUGCCGGCCCUUAUUGAAGCACUGCCUCACUGUAAGCAGCUUAAAGACCUCAGACUGGAACAGCCAUAUUUCAACGCCAACUCGCGGUUCUUCCAAGCUCUGAGUCAGUGUCGCGCCCUGCGCCGGUUCUGUAUCGUAUCUCGCAACGGAACCUUCCAGUCAGAUGCAGUGAUGUCAUUCAUGGAGAGCUGUCUUGAUGUCAUCAUGUGCCACAUGUUCAUGGCCGGGAGCCUGGUGGUGUGCAGGGCCCUUCAGAAAGCCCUGCAGGACAGGUUUGCGUCCCAGCGGCCGGCCCUGAACGUGGUGAUCUACCCGCUCCUGCACGAAGACCUGGCCCUGGUCAUCAGAGACAUGCCCCUGCUGCACCUGGAGGAGAUCACCCUCUUCAAGAGCCGGGUGGCAGAAGACCCGCCGGGUCUGUGGUGGUAACGGACGCCCGGGGCCUUCAGAACCGCAGCCCGACCGCCCCCGUCGUUCCGCGCGCGUGACGUACGGCUGGGGCGUUCGGGGGAGGCCGGGGCGCGCCCAGCCAGGUGGAAAACCCCUGCCGCUUACGGUGUGUGGGGGAGGAGUGGGGGACCUGGGCCUAUUGGAGGGUCAGUGCUUAUCUGCGGUAUACGCUCUUCAGCAAGGGCACUUCUGCUGAAUUGCCCCAUAAAUAACCCGUCUGUGUAAGUGAGUUGUAGAAUAUGUUUAAGAUGUGGUAAUAUAAACGCUGCGAGAUAUGUCCGUCUCCCUCCUGUCUCCUCGAACCCCCCCCCCUCCCCCCCUCAGAGGACCAUCUUUCCCAGGCGUUCCGCUGCCUUUUCGACGCGUCUCCGCUGUUGUCGCUUCGUUUACUGUACCGCGGAGCCUGAAUGGCGCUUAAAUGACCCACUUCCAGGAGUGUUUCCCCUCAGUGUAUAUCGUCCGGUGGAAAUGGAGAGCUCCUGCUGGUGCUGAAUUUGCCGCGCUCUCGGGGUCUCUGCAGAGGUGAGCUAUUACCGUCUGAUUACUUUUCAACCUCCGGCUCCACCGCCUCGCAGACUCCGGGAGCACCGGGGGCAGGGGAACGGGAGGAUCUGUUAUUAGCCCCGCCGCCUGUCACCUCUCAGUAGCCGGCCGCUGCCGACGCGCCUGAUUGCUAAUUCCGUAUUGAGCGACAGUAAUUUGUUAACAGCGACCUAAUUGUGAAGGAGUGGCGGGCGGGUUAGCUAAAAAGCAAUACACCUGGCGAUAGUUCCAUUUUCUCCCUUUCCCCCCCUCUCUCAGCCGGGGCACUUUUGCAAUCACGGGGCGGAGAGGUUGCCUUCAAAGCGCUCCUUCUCGAGAACAUAAUGGCCCGCCGAUGGAGCCUCUGAAAUCACCCGUCUCCGUGUUUCCGGGAGUGGCUUCCAGCUCCCGGGCCCUGGCUGCGCGGCGGUGGGCCUGGUGAGGAGCCGUGCCGGGGCCCUUUGGAGUCCGCUGCGGUGCGUUUCCCUACUUUGUUCGGCGAUGAAAACACGCCCGCGCCGUAGCCUGGCAAACGGGCCCUGAGAAAUGAGCGGCGCGCGAGAUUUAUCAGACGGCGCGCUGCGGAGAUCGGACAGGAGAAGGGCGUUUGGACACGGCCGACAGUGUUGUUCACAGUUGAGGCAGGGGGAGAGCAGAUGCUGUUUUUAUGACGGUGCUUCGCCGCGCUUUAUUACUCUCCGCGUUUGGCCAAAUAGGAAAGUUGGCGGCCGUAGAUUGUUUUUGGUCUUCGCGCUCUGUGCUAAAAGGCAUGCUGUUAAAGUAAACCUAUCUGUCUCUUGGAGAGCUCGGCUUGUGGGAGUAGGAAGGAAAACUGCAAUGAAAUCCAGCCUAAUCCCACAAGGCUGCAUCUACCACGCAGCAAAGUGCAUUAAGUGCUCCGGUGAUGAAAUCAGGGUCUUCAACCUUGCAUCACAGAAAUGUACUUUGUUUUUACUGAGAACAUCGCUAGUUUGAGUGCCAGGGUUGUGUAGACAAAGCUACCGUUAAUAGUUCUCCAUUACUGACCGUUUCUGACCACUUCAUCCCAAAGGAAAUUGGGAUGGGAAAGGGAUUGGGAAAUCUUGCCUUCCAGUGUAUACUGUUCCAUGGUAAAUUAUAUUUCAUACUGUAUGUGUGCCUGUUGAAUUUGGCAAUGCUCAAUGGUAAGAAAGGGGAAUGACUUUGAGAACAAUAAAAAGAAUAUUGUGUUUUUGUGGCUUACAGCUGUACCUGCAGCACUUUGUUUUCAUAAAAUACCAAUUCAGUGGUUGGAAGCUUGAUGUAUAUUGAAUGUUUGCAUUUGUAUUGUUUUUUGUCUUUUGAGGGGGCUUUGAGAAAGAAACACUUUUUAUGUGGUUUCCAGUGAUAAUAUUCUGGUUUUAUUUUCAUCUACGCAUUUCACUACAAAGAAUAAAUAAAAAGAAAGGAACUCUCUUAUGGUUACAUUUUAAGGAAAUUGGAUUCCCCUUCAAAUGCA